CCCCCUUUUUGUGGGUCCGCGGAUAUCACGUGACGGUCCCUAUUUACCCAAAGAAGUGUAAAUUCAGAACUUCUCUUUGAUUGCUGUGAAACACACACGGCAAGUCGCGUUAAUGAGAGCAAGCCAAGGCAGAAUCUGGGCUGAGGCGCAGGCGACCUUAAAAUUAGGCACCAGGGGAACCCCUUCCCGCUCGCUUGCAUAUAAACUUCUACCCCACGUUCUGUCCCUCCAUCGUCCAACACCUUCAACCCACAGAACAUCCAACCUCAAGCUCAUUCAUUCAAUACAAUACAACACAAUACACACCAAACACCGGCCAGAACAAGCAACACCGUCACAAUGAGCUACCUCUGUGGGUGCUACUACCACAUAGCCUCCACAGAAUACCACAUCCGCAUUCAAAAACACUACCUCCCGCUCCUCUCCAGCACAGUCCACAGCACCAUUCUAUCGACAACCUCGCGCACCAAGCUCACCCAAAAAUUCACAAACCCUUCUACCACAACCGCAAUCAAGGAAUGCAUCUACAACUUCCCUCUUUACGACGGCGUCAGCGUUGUCAGCUUCACAUGCCGCAUCGGCAAGCGGGUCCUCCGUGGUCUGGUGAAGGAAAAGCAGACCGCGAAAAAAAUAUUCGAUGAAGCAGUCAGCAAAGGCGAGACGGCAGGCUUACUCGAACAGACGGACGAGGCAGCGGAUGUGUUUAGCACGAAGCUGGGCAAUAUUCCGGCUGGCGGGAGCGUGAUUGUGGAGAUUGAGUAUGUGGGCGAGUUGAAGCAUCACGAGACUGAAGGCAUCCGGUUUACGAUUCCGACCAAGAUUGCGCCGCGGUACGGCGCUGGUCCUGCUGCGAUGGGAGGUGUCCAAGCGCACGAGGAUGGAGGGAUUAAGAUUACGGUGGAUGUUAACAUGCAGGAAAGGAGCUUCAUUAAGGGUGUUCAGAGCCCGAGCCACCCGAUUGCUGUCUCGAUGGGAACAGUCUCUACGGCUUCGACUGCUGAUCCGGAGAUGAGCAAGGCAUCCGCUACCUUGUCACUGGGAAGCGCUGCGCUGGAGAAAGACUUCGUCUUGAUUGUUCAGUCGAAGGAUGUCGGAAUCCCGAAAGCUAUCCUGGAAACUCACCCCACAAUCCGCAAUCACCGUGCCUUAAUGGCAACCCUCGUCCCCAAAUUCUCGCUCCCACCCUCGCGACCAGAGAUCGUCUUCGUGGCAGACAGAAGCGGCAGCAUGCAACAUAACAUUCCGAUGUUAGUCUCUGCCAUGAAAGUCUUCCUGAAAUCCAUACCUGUGGGCGUGAAGUUCAACAUCUGCUCUUUCGGCUCAUCGCACACGUUCUUGUGGCCAAAGAGCCAGAGCUACUCUCAGGAAACGCUUCAGCAAGCAUCUAAUCACUUGCUCACCUUUGAUGCUGAUUAUGGCGGAACGGAGACUUUCGGUGCCAUCCAGGCUACAAUUGGCAAUCGAUUCACAGAUCUCCCUCUCGAGAUCAUCCUCCUGACUGAUGGAGAUAUCUGGCAACAAGAAGCCCUCUUUCAGUACGUCAAUGAACAAGUUGAGCAGACGAAUGGCAAUAUCCGGAUCUUCCCCUUGGGCAUUGGGAAUGGCGUCUCUCAUAGUCUCAUCGAGGGUCUCGCUCGAGCCGGAAAUGGCUUCGCGCAAGCUGUUCAGGAUGGUGAGAGACUUGAUAAUUGCGUUGUUCGCAUGCUUCGCGGUGCCUUGUCCCCACAUAUCACGAACUACACCCUUGAAGUCAAGUACGAGAAAGAAAAUGAUGACUUUGACCUCAUCGACAAGGUCACCGAAGACGAGAAGGCAAAGGAAGAGAAGCCAACAAUUUCGCUCUUUGACGCCAACGUCAACCCAGAGAAGGAGGACUUGAAGGGACUUCAAGAUUCAGCAUUCUGGCUGCCUGAUAUCCCCUUCCCAAAAUUGCACCAAGCACCACACAAGAUACCCACUCUCUUUGCCUUCUCUCGAACUUCAGUUUACCUCCUCAUGUCACCCGAAACCAUCCAACGAAAUCCUACCGCCGUUAUCUUGCGCGCAACAUCCACCCACGGCCCCCUCGCUCUCGAAAUUCCGAUUGAGAAUCUUGCCACGCCAGCAGAGACCAUUCAUCAACUCGCCGCCAAGAAAGCAGUGCAAGACCUGGAGGAAGGUCGGGGGUGGAUUUACGAUGCCAAGGAUCAGAACGGCAUGUUGGUCAAGGAGAGAUACGCAAGCCGUUUCGACGAUUUGGUGCAGAAGGAGGCCGUCAGAUUGGGCGAGAAAUUCCAGAUUGCAGGGAAGUGGUGCAGUUUCGUGGCUGUUGCCGCGAAUGAUAAGGAGAUCGCGGAGAAGGAGGAGAGCAUGAGAGAACAGAAGAGUUUGGUGGUUGACGAUGAUGGGGAGAUUCUUGCUGAUAUGGACAUGUCAGCUCAACUUGACCUUUACGCUGCUGAAGAAGAUGAAGACGAGGAAACCGAUGAUGGCUUCGCAGUGAUCGGUACUCCUUCUUCAUCCGCGCCGGCAUACUCACCUCCUGCUCCUGCAUCGCCCCAACCAAGUGCAAAGCGAAGCUUGAAUUUCCGUGGCGGAAUGAAACAAGCAAAGGGGACCAAUCAGGCCAGGGAAAGUCUGGGAUCAAAAGCUCCUGCAUCUCAACCCAACCCCAUGUUUGCGCUUGCGAGUGCUUCGACCGCCAGCCCGAAGCCGCAAACUUGGGGCAUGGGCCCCGCGUUUGGUUCUGGCAACGAGAAGUUCCGAGCACCUGUAGGCGGGAGUCCUGCAGGAGCAUUUGGCAAGCCUUUUGGAGGAGCUGGGUUGGUGGCUCGCGACGCUUCAAAAUCAGCUGCACAACGGCAACCCCCACAGGCCUCAUUUUUCAGCGCAUCUGCUCCAAACCCAGCUACGAAGGCGCAACCUUUUGGUGCUGCGGUUCUCCAGUCUAACGUACCCGCACCACCACCUCCACCUAUAGCACCGGGUAGCCGCCUCUUUGGGAGUACAUCUUCCGCCAGAUACUCGAUGAACUAUUCUCACAUCCAGGUGUCGCCUCCUGCUCAGGCAUUCGGAAAUGCAGCUCCCACGGACCAGUUUUACGGCCGCGCUCCUCCUCAAGCACGGCUGGCAACCGGUCUCGGACCAAGUCACCUCUUCGGCGGCGUUAUGAAAGGGACCAACUCAGCAAUGACGCCACCACCACCCCCAGCACCAGCUACUUCCGAGAAGUCAGAAGAGUCAACACCCGAAAUGAAUGCACCAUUCAUCGCCCAUGGCUACGCUCGCCGCGCCACAGGUUCCCCGAUGCCUGCUAUCGCGGCCCCCGCUGCGGCUGGGAGCGACGUGAAGUCAGCGCCGCGUGCGAGACGUGCAGGGUUUAAUACUUUCCUCAAGAAAAAGGAGAAGCGCAGUUCUCUGUCUGCCGCUAGCGAACUUCGGGAUUCUGACACUUCUAGCCCCGAGGCUGAUCAUAUGAAACUUACUCUGCCUGCUAUCGAUUGGUCAUCCAAAUCCGUGCAGGAGAAAGUUGCACGCGUCAUCGAGUUGCAGACUUUCGAGGGUUCGUGGGUCUUCGAUGUUGAAGUCUUUUCGAUUAUGGGCUUGGGAGAUGGACAGAGUGAAGGUGUGAAGAGACAGGAUGGUGUGGAUAAGAAUGUCUGGGUUACGUUGCUGGUGGUUAAGUGGUUGGAGAUUAUGGCGGGUGAGGAGGAGGGGGUUUGGAGCAUGGUUGUUGAGAAGGCGAGGGGAUGGCUGGAGGGGCAAGCGGAGACGGCAUUAGAUGCUUUGGAGACUGACGCCGAGAGUGUGGUCAAGGCUUUGUAGGGUUCGUAAGGUGGGAGAAUUUGGUGAUGUGGGAGGUUUCCUUGGGUUUGGGGAAGGAAAGAUACCGAUUGCGUGCCUGGAGUUAGAGUUGGAUAAUGGUAUCAGGAACCGGGCCGGGUUAAGGGGAUCGGAAUAGGGUCGAGAUAGGAAUGCACGAUUUCUCCUCUGCCGCCAGCGGUGCCAAUGCAUGCCUCAGUGAGAUUCGCGUAGAAUUCGCAAUUAGUUAAUAACUUUACCUCUUUCCAGAGAAGUUCCAGGAAUUUGAUAACAUGAUUAAUACCGCC